CUUGUCUGAAACUUUUGAACCCUAAACUAUCUCUCACUUCAACUCCAGCGCGCAUCCUUCUUCGCGUCGACCUCAUUCUCCAGCCUGACCCUCCUUCCCCUCCAUCUCCACCUCCGACCAUCACCUCUCUCUCUUCUCCUUCUCUCUUGCUCCCUUGUCUUUCCAAACCCUACUCUCUCUCUCUCUCUCUCUCUAAAAUGCUCUCCGUCUCUAUCUAAAAUUGACGAAGAUGAAGUCUAUGUAGCUGCGCCAAAUUUCUUAGGGGAGACGAUGGAUCCGCCCCAGUUGUCAAACCCUAGUCCGGCAGGCCUCGGUGAACGCAUAAAGCCUCCAACGAGAACACUUCUCCAUCUUCAGAUCUCAUCUUUACGGCCCUGGAUUCGAAGCCUUCGCCGGUGGCCAAGUUGAAUGGUCUGUUGCCGCCAUGGCCACGGCCAUUAAAUCCUCUCAAACGGAAGCUUGAGAUGCUUCCUGAGAACUCCGCCCAUGGAGCCUCUGAUUCCGGCGUCCAGGGAAGCUCAGCUCGGUAACGCCGGAGCUCAGCUGGACUUUCCGCCGUCCUUCGCUCCAAAAUCUUCGAUAUCCGCUUUGCAGAUCCCCAAAACCCAAGUAAAUAUCAUGUCAUAGACAAACCGAGCUCAACUGGACGACGCCGAAGCUUAGCCCGGUCACAUUCAAUAUCAAUUUCACCAUGGAGGUAUCUUGAACAAACAACUGCUUUUUUUGGUUCCUGGUAACCGUUGCUCUCUGCUCUUCCCUUUUGCAUUUCCAUCUAACUGAAUUUUGUUUCCCAAUUGCAUAUUUUCUAUUUAUUUUUCCCCGUCAUCACUAUGGUGCUUUAAAUUUCAUGGAUUCUCAAAGAAAGAGGAAAAUGGUAGUGUUCUGGAAUUUCAUUUGAUUUGAUACGCAAGUAGUAGAGUUGUUGAGAAUUGGUUUCUACAGUUAUAGAUAUUGGAAAUCUUAAUUAAGCUUUGUAUUGUAAAGAAGGUUUAUUGAUAUUGAAAAUCUUAAUUAAGCCGAUACUUUGUGUUAGGCAUAAGAAUAAUCAGUUUUAUGAUUGGGUUGGGAGAAUUGGUCUAAUCUUAAUUAAUACUCCCAACCCAUCUUAUUUUCAUGAUAUAUACCCCAAUACUCAUCAGUUUUAUGAUUGCAUUUUGCCAUUAGCUUGGAACUUAAUUGGUUUUGCCAUCAGGCUGCCUAUUGCUUCUCUAAUAUGUAUGUUUGUGUAUUUGCAUGGGAAAUUGGGGAUAUAUAGACAAGAACAGAGUUUCGUUCUCUACGGUAGGUCAAUCUUCGAACAAGGUACUAAAGCAUGAAGGCUUUCUAAUACUGCUGUCUAUUGGAUCAAAAAGAUUUAGGCUUUGUUUGUUGUUGGGUUUUUGGCAGUGCCAGAAUUGCAAGGGGAGCCUGAGGACAUCUCCAAAGAAAAGGCGAGGCUGGCUGCCGUUCAGAUUAAUGGUCCUGUGCUUGUGGAAGACACUUGCCUCUGCUUCAAUGCCCUCAAGGGUCUACCUGGGCCUUACAUGUUCACUACUAGAGCAGGAGAGAGACCUGGAGGGUGCAGCAGCUAAACAUAAGAGAAAGCAGGCUUCAUCAAACUUUGAACAGACCUCUAGUAUAGAUGGUUCAAACAUGUUUCGUUUGAAUAUUUUAGUCAAAAGGAUUACUGAAAGAAAAUGGCAUCAGAGAUCAUUUUAUUGCUGGGAUACUAGACAAAGUGACAGUGGGACACUAUAGUGUCAACUGAAGUGUAAUGCUUGCUGAAUCCAUGCCAGGAAUGCUGACGAACUUUCAUCAUAUUUGUAGUUGGCGGUAGAGGCUCAUAAAGGAUAUACCCAACAACAAUUUGACGAGGUGUGCAUUGAAGUGGCCGACUAACAGACUUUGUUGUAGAUUCUGACUACUUUCAUGAUUUUGAGUAAGGCUAGUUAGCUUUUGUUUAACAUUUUUGUAGUAGAUGAAAUGAAUGCAGCAAUUAUGAACAAAAAUGUAAUAGUAAUUGCUUGCCUAGCCUUGUAGUAGGUUAAUUGGGGUUUUUGUUUUGCCUAUUUUGUGAACUGUCAAUGAUGAUGAUUUUGGACAAAAUACCCCAAUAUAUAUUGAAAUCACUUUGGUCAACUGUGGA